UUUUAAGUUAAGAACAAAGAGAUUAGUUUGUGUAUAUUAAUUCACAUUAAAAUCCAAGAUGAGUUACUUGGAUUUCAUCUUCGGCCUUCUUGGCAACUUCGUCUCCUUAAUGGUGUUCCUCGCACCAGUACCAACAUUUAUUCAAAUAUGCAAGAAAAAAUCAACAGAAGGAUUCCAAUCAGUGCUAUAUGUUGUUGGAUUGUUCAGUGCAAUGUUGUGGAUAUACUAUGCUAUGCUCAAAACAGACACCACUCUCCUCAUCACAAUCAACUCCGUUGGUUGUUUCGUUCACACGGCUUACAUCUCUUUUUAUCUUUGUUACGCCCCCAAAUCGGCUAGGCUACAACCGGGAUGCUAAUCCUUCUGCCAAAGGUCGUUGGCAUAAGUCUAAUCGUUGUGCUGACUUACUUUCUCGCAAACGGUUCCACACGUGUCAACAUUGUAGGAUGGAUCUGCCUCAUUUUCGCCUUGUGCAUCUUUGUUGCGCCUUUAUUUAUCUUGGUCAGUAUUUAUUUCGAAAUCAAUAGGAAAUAUUAUGAAUUUUUUUUGAUCAAUUAUAGUUACAUUUAAUUUUAUUUUGUGACUUUGAUGUUGUGACUUUGAGUGCACUAGUUUGCCCAGAAAUUGUUCCGACUCUUCCACAGCUCGUUCGCCGGGACAAUUUCGACCUUCAAAAUGAGAUCCACAUCGCCAAUAAUUCUACCUGAAAAUUACAUACAUUUUCAUCAAAUCCUUCUUGGAAUUAAUUAACUUAUAUAUAUUCAACUAUGUUACAUCUUCCUAAAUUAGUCAGUUUGGGUUGUAUCAUUUUAAUUUGACUUCUAGUGUAACAUAGUAUAUAUUUAUGCACCUUAAAUUAGUAUAUAUGAAUAUUUAA